CCGCCGCGGGCGCCAUGGAGCAGUGGCGGCAGUGCGGCCGCUGGCUUAUUGACUGCAAGGUCCUGCCGCCCAACCACCGGGUCGUGUGGCCCUCGGCCGUGGUCUUCGACCUGGCGCAGGCGCUGCGCGACGGCGUGCUCCUGUGCCAGCUGCUGCACAACCUCUCCCCCGGCUCCGUCGACCUCAAGGACAUCAACUUCCGGCCGCAGAUGUCCCAGUUCCUGUGCCUGAAGAACAUACGCACCUUCCUUAAAGUCUGCCAUGAGAAAUUUGGAUUAAGAAACAGUGAGCUGUUUGACCCCUUUGACCUCUUUGAUGUUCGAGACUUCGGGAAGGUCAUCUCCGCAGUGUCGAGACUCUCGCUGCACCACGUGGCCCAGAACAAAGGGAUCAGGCCUUUUCCCUCGGAGGAGACGGCGGAAAAUGACGAUGACGUCUACCGCAGCCUGGAGGAGCUGGCUGACGAGCAUGACCUGGGGGAGGACAUCUAUGACUGUGUCCCGUGCGAGGAUGAAGGGGAUGACAUCUACGAGGACAUCAUCAAGGUGGAGGUGCAGCAGCCCAUGAAAAUGGGCAUGACCGAGGAUGACAAGAGGACCUGCUGCCUGCUGGAGAUCCAGGAGACGGAGGCCAAGUACUGCCGGACGCUGGAGGACAUCGAGAAGAACUACAUGGGCCCCCUGAGGCUGGUGCUGAGCCCAGCGGACAUGGAAGCCAUCUUCAUCAACCUGGAGGACCUCACGAAGGUGCAUCACGGCUUCCUGAGGGCCGUCGGCGCGUCCGUAAUGCUGGGCGGUGGCACUCUGGCCAAGGUCUUCCUCGACUUCAAGGAAAGGCUCCUGAUCUACGGGGAGUACUGCAGCCACAUGGAGCAUGCCCAGGACACGCUGAACCAGCUCCUCGCCAGCCGGGAGGACUUCCGACAGAAAGUCGAGGAGUGCACACUGAAGGUCCAGGAUGGGAAGUUUAAGCUGCAAGACCUGCUGGUGGUCCCCAUGCAGAGGGUGCUGAAAUACCACCUCCUCCUGAAGGAACUUCUGAGCCACUCCACUGACCGGCCUGAGAGGCAGCAGCUCAAGGAGGCACUGGAAGCCAUGCAGGACUUGGCAAUGUAUAUAAAUGAAGUCAAACGGGACAAGGAGACCCUAAAGAAAAUCAGCGAGUUUCAGAGUUCUAUAGAAAACUUGCAAGUGAAACUGGAGGAGUUUGGGAGGCCAAAGAUUGAUGGAGAACUGAAGGUCCGGUCCAUAGUGAACCACACCAAGCAGGACAGGUACUUGUUCCUGUUUGACAAGGUGGUCAUCGUCUGCAAAAGGAGGGGCUACAGCUACGAGCUGAAGGAGGUCAUCGAGCUGCUCUUCCACAAGAUGACCGACGACCCCAUGAACAACAAGGACAUCAAGAAGUCUCACGGGAAAACGUGGUCCUAUGGCUUCUACCUGAUCCACCUUCAAGGAAAGCAGGGCUUCCAGCUUUUCUGCAAGACGGAGGACAUGAAGCGCAAGUGGAUGGAGCAGUUUGAGAUGGCCAUGUCCAACAUCAGGCCUGAUAAGGCCAACGCCAACCACCACAGCUUCCAGAUGUACACGUUCGACAAGACCACCAGCUGCAAAGCCUGCAGGCUGUUCCUCAGGGGCACCUUCUAUCAGGGUUACCUGUGCACCAAGUGUGGCGUCGGGGCACACAAGGAGUGUCUGGAAGUGACACCUCCCUGCAAGAUCAGUUCCCCUGCAGACCUGGAUGCCUCUGGAGCGGCACCCGGUCCCAGGAUGGUGGCCGUGCAGAAUUACCAUGGUAACCCUGCUCCCCCCGGGAAGCCAGUGCUGACCUUCCAGAUGGGCGACGUGAUCGAGCUGCUGAGAGGCGACCCCGAGUCUCCGUGGUGGGAGGGUCGGCUGGUGCAAACCAGGAAGUCAGGUUACUUUCCCAGCUCGUCGGUGAAGCCCUUCCCCGUGGAUGGACGGCCACCCAUCAGCCGGCCGCCGUCCCGGGAGAUGGACUACACCGCAUACCCUUGGUUUGCGGGCUGCAUGGAGAGGCAGCAGACAGACAACCUGCUCAAGUCUCAUGCCAGCGGGACCUAUCUAAUCAGGGAGCGGCCGGCCGAGGCGGAGCGCUUUGCCAUCAGCAUCAAGUUCAACGACGAGGUGAAGCACAUCAAGGUGGUGGAGAAGGACAGCUGGAUCCACAUCACGGAGGCCAAGAAAUUCGAGAGCCUUUUGGAGUUGGUGGAGUAUUACCAGUGCCACUCGCUCAAGGAGAGCUUCAAGCAGCUGGACACCACGCUCAAGCACCCCUACAAGUCCAGGGAGCGUGCGGCCUCCAGGGCCCCCAGCCGGCCCCCAGCCUCCUGUGCCUCCUACAACUUUUCUUUUCUCAGCCCUCAGGGCCUCAGCUUUGCUUCUCAGGGCCCCUCCGCUCCCUUCUGGUCAGUGUUCACACCCCGUGUCAUCGGCACGGCUGUGGCCAGGUACAAUUUUGCCGCCCGGGACAUGCGGGAGCUCUCACUGCGGGAAGGCGACGUGGUGAAGAUCUACAGCCGCAUCGGCGGGGACCAGGGCUGGUGGAAGGGAGAGACCAAUGGACGGAUUGGCUGGUUUCCUUCAACAUAUGUAGAAGAGGAGGGUGUCCAGUGAUGGCAGGAACAUGGAGAGGACUCACAGAUUUCCUUGGAAGAGUCCAGCUCUGACAUCGAUCCCCAGCUCUGCGACUCAGAGGGGAAAUGCCCGCCAGCCUUCCAGUCUUCAACAGCCUGUGCGGAUGGGGAGGGGGUUCAAGAUCCUAAAUGCAAACUGGCCCCCAUCAACCUGCUCUUGGCGGCUUGUCCUGGGUGUGCUACUUGUACAUAGAGGGAAGUUGGGCCGGCCCAGUGGGGCUGCCACCAGAGCUCAGAGGAGAGGGUGCGGCACUGGCGUUCUAAGCCAGGCUCCGGUGAUGGCUGAGGCCAGAGCUCAUCUUGCCCCUGUCUUGUUGAGAUGGCAUUCAGAAGCCUAGGUUUGAAUAGCAGAUGCUGUGCCCGGGAGGGCUGGGGACAGCAGAGGGUCCUUCCCCCAGCCCUUUCUGCUCAGCCCCUGGACUCUCAGCCCACCUGCUUCGUGCUGCCCCCAGGGGGAGGCUUCGGGCCUUUAGAGGAGAAGGGACCGGGGCCAGGCUGCUUGCUGUGGCCCCUGCUCAGCCUGGCUGUGCUUGGGUGUAGGAGAAGGAAGCAUUGCAAAGGGAUCUGCGCAGCGCCCUUGACCUCCCCACGUCCCUCUGUGCCAGGGGCAUGCAGAGGCCCCUCCUUUUAGGAGGGAGCCUGAGGAAGAGUGAAGUUGCUGACCCUACUCCCCAGUCAAUGGUACUGCUCUUUGCCCUGAAUCCCAGGAGUGUCCUGUCCUGCUGCCAGGUGGAUACAUCUUCUGUAAACCGUGCUGUGGGUGGGAAGAAAACAGUUUUCCCCUCGCUCAGUCCCUGCUGCUCACAUUCCUCUCCAGAAGGAGGCUCCCGUGGCUCCCAUGCAGGGGACCCCCUCUGGAUUUCCUGUGUCCUGCAAGGUGGUCCCUGAGGGCUUUGCCAGCCUCUACACAGGGUGUAGGUUCUCUCCCUUGGCAAGUCUUCCAAGGGCCCCCACAGCCAAUGACCUGGGCCUGUGAACAGAUGGAAAUAAGUGCUCUUGGGGGUGGCUCUGUCCCCCUAACCGCCUGCUACUGACUCUUGGCUUCGACUUGUGGCUGCCUUGUCCAGACCCUGUCUUUCUCUGCCAGAUGUCGCAUGAGAUCUGGUGACACUGUCCCCCUCCAAGCUCUGUGCCAAAGCCUCUGGGGAAACCCAUACCCUUUGGUCAGCUACACGGUCCUGAGGGAGAGGGGACCCAGCCAGGGAUGAGCAUGGGAAGGCUGGCCCCUGGUGGGUCCUGGUCACCAUGUGGCACCCUGGGGUUCCUCUGAAGUCAGCCUCGUGGCCUCCAGGCCCGGUUCACACACCCAGCAUCCUGGUAUGGGGAGGAGGUAGGGAGUGGGGGCAGAGAUGGUGAACAGCAGGGAGAAAAGGUGGCCUGCAAAGGCUGGAGAAGUGAGGGGGAACAGAACCACGUUUGGGGAGGGGGGGGUACCGGGGACGGCAAGUGGAGAAUUGGCCUCAGAGAGAGCAGACCUGAAUCCGUCAUCAGGGUGCACCCAGCACUUUGCACACGACCCUCGGCUCAGCGGGCCCAGCCCUGAGCCCAGGAUGGGAGGGGGAGAACCAGCCAGCCCCUUCCGUGUUUGCUGUCAGAAAGGUUUUGUGUUUUGUUUUUGUUGUUGUUUCUGGUUUGGCUAUUUUGUUUUUCAAGGGGAAAAAGUUUGUAAUUAUUUCAUCUGAAUCUCCCAUUAUAUGUCUGUGAAUAACAAGGAAGAGAUUUUAUAAUAGCAAGAAAAAGAUGUAUAUUUGAGGUCAUCGUGACAAGGAAGGACACUGAGAGACCUAUUUAGGACCCUGGUUUCUGUGAAAGUUUUGUUUUCUUUUUGUUUGUUUCUAAACAUGUGUCUUGUUUGUUUUUGCACUGCCUGAAGCAGAAGGGCUGGAGGGCUGGGGGCAGCUGGGCUGCAGGUGGUUCUGCAGGAGAUGGGGUGCCCUCUGCAGGGGGCUUGGGACCUGGGGCCUGAGAUGAGCUGUGAACACUUGGCAGCCUGAUGCAUGCAGGCCAGGGAUCUAGGGGUCCUGCAGCUGAUGGUGACCCCAAAUGGAACACAAACUGUACAUUUGCCAAUAGGUUUUUUUCAGAACACGGUUUUUACUGCAAAUAAACCUAAGUUCUUUUCUGCAAAA